AUGGGGAGAACUCAAGCAUCCAACAGCAGCUACCAAGCGGCAAUCCUUCUGCUCACCCUAACCCUAAUUCUCCUCGCCCUCGUCCUCGUCCACUAUUUCACCGACAAUCUGCCAUUCUUGAGGCUGCUUUUGCUAGGCGCUAAUGCCGGAAAAUCAUCGGAAACCUCGCGGUAUUCCAGUGAGUCCAGAUGCCGGAGGUCGGAGCAGAAGUGUGACUUGUUCAGUGGGAAUUGGAUUCCGUACAGAGGAGGAGGGCCUUAUUAUACGAAUAGAUCCCACUGUGUGAUUGAUGGCGGACAGAAUUGCAUCAAGUUUGGAAGAAGAGACACAAAUUUCAUGAAGUGGAGAUGGAAGCCGGAUGAGUGCGAGCUGCCUCUCUUCGAUCCGGUUCAGUUCCUGGAGCUCGUCAGAGGCAAGUCCAUGGCCUUCGUUGGGGACUCUCUGUCAAGGAAUCAGUUUCAGUCGUUGGGGUGCCUAUUGAGUAGCGUUGUUCAUUAUGAAAACGAUUCCAGCAUGGAGGAAGAUGAAUCAAGAUUUGUCCAAUGGUUCUACAAAGAUUACAAGUUCACCUUAACUCAUGUGCACAGCGAGUAUCUAGUUAAGGCUCAGGGAGUGGAUCCCGCCCCUAAGAAACCCAUAGUCCUUUAUCUUAACGAUGUUGAUGAGACAUGGGCUUCUGUAAUAAGAGAUUUUGACUAUGUAAUCAUCUCAUCUGGACAUUGGUACUCUAAGCCAUUAAUGUACUACGAAAAGGGUGAAUUGGUCGGUUGCUACCAAUGCAAUCAAACUAAUGUAACAGACCUCACAGGUUACUAUGGAUAUAGGGUUGCCUUUGAAACUGCAUUCAGAGCUUUGAUUGAUCAUCGAAGGAGCUUCAAGGGGAAGGUGUUUCUUCGAACGAUAUCGCCGUCACAUUUUGAGUUCAAGGACAAAGGAGGAAGAGGCUUUUGCCCGAGGGAACAACCUUAUGAGAAGCAAGAGAUGAGCUUUGAUUGGUAUAUUGGGACGUAUUAUAUGAUUCAGAUGGAGGAGUUCAGGAAGGCCCAAAGGGAAGCCAGGAAGAAAGGACUCAACUUCAGGUUGUUGGAUGUGACCGAAGCUAUGAGGUUAAGACCCGACGGACACCCUAAUAUUUAUGGAUUACGUCCAGGACAAAAAAUUAGGUCAACUGAUUGUCUGCAUUGGUGUUUGCCAGGACCGAUUGAUACGUGGAAUGAACUCUUAUUUCAAAUGUUAAAAAAUGAAAAGAUUGCUAAUUGA